GUAAAUCAGGUUUCAAGACUGCUCACCCCACUUUAUCACCAAAUGGCCACUAAAAUAUUUUCGGAAGAACAGCUUAACUAUUUCAGGGUUUGUCACAUAGCCACUGACAUACUGCCCCGAGCUCUGCGAUUUCUGUUCAAGCAGGAAUGGGACAAUCGUUACAUGACAACGUUUGGAGAAUGGACGGACACGCCUCAAAAUGGACUAGACUUCAAUAACGGUGAAUCCCCAGGUAAUCAACGAAGAAAUGCCCGACUGUUGGCUACAAUGGUAAAUGGAGACAGGGCGGAAUGGGACUGUACUAUGCUAUUUUAUGCCAUCCUGUUCUCUGAUUCUAUUCAUAGCCUGAGUCCACUGAUCAAAACCAAUGUUGAUGAUCUCAGGAAGUUUCGCAAUGAAGACUUCGCUCACAUGACAGAAGGUCAGCUCUCAAAUACAGACUUCAGCAUCACUGUUGGCAAAGUGGAGGCAGCAUUUCGAAAUCUUGGCCUGUCUACUGUUGAAAUCCAAACUGUAAGUACACAGAAAGGUUUUCCAACCGAUGAGUUGCAAAAUGUGAUUACAAAUGUUCAGAACCUUACUCAAGACCUUCACACAAAAGAUGCCGAACUUCAAAGCAAAGAUAGUAAAUUGCAGGAAAAAGCUAAAGAGCUUCUGGAGAAACAUGCCGAACUUCAGGAAGAAAAAAGCAAAUUACAACAAAAGCAUGCCGAACUGCAAGAAAACAUACACAGUCUACAAGCUAAAGAAGAACAACGUAAGGUCCUUGAAGAGCAGCUACAGCGCAAAGUAGAACCAUUUUGCGUCCUUCCACCCAGACCUCCUCAUGUGAUCGCGAGACGCGAUUGCGACGUUGCUAAAGUAACUCAGAAACUCCUAAACCUUAGGAAGACUAACGAUAGCGCUUUAAGUUAUUGUUAUAUUUCAGGCAAUCCCGGGAGUGGUAAAUCUCAGCUGGCUGGAUUAGUUGCGGAGAAUUUCUACAAAGACGCCCGUGAAGACACAACUGCUCCGUCAUUUGUAAUGACUUUAAGUGCUGAAAACCCAGAAGCGCUUUUAACAUCAUACCUCUCGCUGGCAAGAAAGAUGAGCUGCCCCGCGUAUACUAUAACUGCUACCGAAAACUCCAAGGAUUUAAGUACUGAGCAGAAAAUAGCCAUUAUCAAAGAUUUAAUUACAACAAAAAUCCACCUUUACUUAUCUUGGCUCUUAGUGAUUGACAAUGUCACAAAUCUCGCUAGAAUGGGUCAGUUUCUUCCUGAGAGAGGAAAUGAGCAGUGGGGCAAAGGCCAGCUGCUAAUCACAACGAAUGAUUGCUCCUGUAUCCCUCCUGAGAGUUCCUUUACAUCCCACACCUCCUUGAGCAAAGGUAUGGAGCUUGCUGAUGCUACUUGCCUUUUAAUUGAGCUCUCUGGAAUCUCUGCCAACGAAAUGGAAGGACAGGUGGCUCAUGCUUUGGAUUACCAACCACUUGCUCUAGCCAGCGCAGGAGUGUUUAUGAGAAAACUGCGAAAUAGCAAUCCAGCAUUUGGCUGGGAGGGUUACUUAGAAAAACUAGAAAAGGGGAAACGUGAACUCACUGAAAAGGAACUUGCCAAAGUAAAUAGUAUCUACCCAAACUCUAUGACAAUAGCGACCAGGGUAGCCGUUGAAGCGGUAAUGGCUUCUGAUCAAAUAAUGAAGCACGCUUUCACUUUUCUCGCUUUUUGUGCACCAGAGCCAUUGAGGUUAGACGUGUUGACCACGUAUGUUGUAAAUGCUGAUGAAAGCUUGGAUAAAGAGGAGGUAGGCAUUCAGAUCCAAGGCUCCUCAUUGCUGUUGAUCGACGAUGGGAAUGACGUGAACAUUCGAUUACACAAAGUGGUACACGAUAUUCUGAAGCUGGUUGUUAAAGAUCGAAUUGAAACUGAUGAACACAUCCGAGUUUUAUCUGUUGCAUUGCAGUCAUGCAAGCAGUUUAUUACCAAAUCAGUCCCAAAGAUUGAGCAGACAGUGGAUUCUUUCCUUGAGAGUAGACAAAUGGUUCCACAUUUAAAAACGCUGGCAGUGGGAAUUAACCACAUUUUCUUUAAUAAAGAUACAUUUCAGGUUUUCUGUAAUAUAACUUUGGAUGUCUACCAAUUUUGCUAUAACCUAAGAGUGCUUGGAGGAGUUUGCCGCCUUCAUAGCGAGUUCCAUUCAUCAAUUCAGUACUUAAGCGCAGCUUUAAAGAUCAUUGAAGAUGAUCAGACUAGGGAACGGCGACCCAAUCACUUCUUCGUUGCGAGUCUUUACUGCGAACUAGGUGAACUAAAUUUUACCUUGAGUGACCAUCAGCAAGCCAAGGAAUAUUAUGAACUUGCCCUUUCCAUACAAGUAAAUGAACUUGGAUCCCAUCACAUUGUAGUGGCCCGAAUGUACCAUAACAUUGGUGUCCUAAAACAUACGAUUGGUGACAAUCAGCAGGCCACGGAGUUUUUUGAACGUGCCUUGUCUGUACAACUCAGUAAGCUUGGACCCGAUCAUGUCAACGUCGCAAAUACGUACCAAAGCAUGGGUAACCUACAAAGCGACAUGGGUGACAAUCAGCAGGCCAAAGAGUAUUAUGAACGAUCCUUGUCCAUAAAACUCAGUAAGCUUGGACCCGAUCAUGUCAACGUCGCAAAUACUUACCAUAACAUGGGUAACCUACAUAGCUACAUGGGUGACCAUCAGCAGGCCAAAGAGUAUUAUGAACGAUCCUUGUCCAUAAAACUCAGUAAGCUUGGACCCGAUCAUGUCAACGUCGCAAAUACUUACCAUAACAUGGGUAACCUACAUAGCUACAUGGGUGACCAUCAGCAGGCCAAAGAGUAUUAUGAACGAUCCUUGUCCAUAAAACUCAGUAAGCUUGGACCCGAUCAUGUCAACGUCGCAAAUACUUACCAUAACAUGGGUAACCUACAUAGCUACAUGGGUGACCAUCAGCAGGCCAAAGAGUAUUAUGAACGAUCCUUGUCCAUAAAACUCAGUAAGCUUGGACCCGAUCAUGUCAACGUCGCAAAUACUUACCAUAACAUGGGUAACCUACAUAGCUACAUGGGUGACAAUCAGCAGGCCAAAGAGUAUUAUGAACGAUCCUUGUCCAUAAAACUCAGUAAGCUUGGACCCGAUCAUGUCAACGUCGCAAAUACUUACCAUAACAUGGGUAACCUACAUAGCUACAUGGGUGACCAUCAGCAGGCCAAGGACUUCUAUGACCGUGCCUUGUCCAUACAACUCAGUAAGCUUGGACCCGAUCAUGUCAACGUCGCAAAUACUUACCAUAACAUGGGUAACCUACAUAGCUACAUGGGUGACCAUCAGCAGGCCAAAGAGUAUUAUGAACGAUCCUUGUCCAUAAAACUCAGUAAGCUUGGACCCGAUCAUGUCAACGUCGCAAAUACUUACCAUAACAUGGGUAACCUACAUAGCUACAUGGGUGACCAUCAGCAGGCCAAAGAGUAUUAUGAACGAUCCUUGUCCAUAAAACUCAGUAAGCUUGGACCCGAUCAUGUCAACGUCGCAAAUACUUACCAUAACAUGGGUAACCUACAUAGCUACAUGGGUGACCAUCAGCAGGCCAAAGAGUAUUAUGAACGAUCCUUGUCCAUAAAACUCAGUAAGCUUGGACCCGAUCAUGUCAACGUCGCAAAUACUUACCAUAACAUGGGUAACCUACAUAGCUACAUGGGUGACCAUCAGCAGGCCAAAGAGUAUUAUGAACGAUCCUUGUCCAUAAAACUCAGUAAGCUUGGACCCGAUCAUGUCAACGUCGCAAAUACUUACCAUAACAUGGGUAACCUACAUAGCUACAUGGGUGACCAUCAGCAGGCCAAAGAGUAUUAUGAACGAUCCUUGUCCAUAAAACUCAGUAAGCUUGGACCCGAUCAUGUCAACGUCGCAAAUACUUACCAUAACAUGGGUAACCUACAUAGCUACAUGGGUGACCAUCAGCAGGCCAAGGACUUCUAUGACCGUGCCUUGUCCAUACAACUCAGUAAGCUUGGACCCGAUCAUGUCAACGUCGGAAACACCUAUUAUAAUAUGGGGAAGCUUCAUCACAAGUUGGGUGACUAUGAAAAAGCCAAGGAGUGUUAUGAACGCGCUCUUUCGGUGAAACGGAAUAAGCGUGGACUUGACCAUGUUGACGUCAGGCAAUUGUCCCGUUUGUUAGCUGAUGUGCAGCGUGUUAUGGAUUCCCAGCAGCAGGCGCCUGAUCAUCAUAACCGUACACAGUUGAAUCAGCCACAAAAGCUUGGACCGGAUGAAACUGAUUUCGAAUUUGCUUAUCGUAAGAAAGGUCGUGAUAUAUUUUUCGAGUGA